GCCUUAGCAAUGAAUUUCUUUGUUUGUUUUUGUGCGUGCCUUUAUAUUUUUUUAUUUAUUUUAAUGUUGAGUCAGCCGGUGGUUGGUAGAUUUGCUUUUUCUUUUAUUUUUUUUCAAUUCCUUUUCUUUCCCUUUUUUCCAUUUUCAUUGCCUUGCUUUUCGUCUGCUCGAUCCCCAAAGGAUGUUUUUGCUCUAGAAGGUUUUCACAUCUUUUAUAUGCUUUACUUAAACAAAUAUAUGGAGAAAUAUAUACACCAAGUCAAUUCUUAUAUUGACUUGGUUUUUAGCUCAUUUAUGUAG